AUGAAAAAUAGCAAUGCUAAUUUGGCUAUUAGCGAAUCAAUCAAUAUGAAUGAUAAUUCCAAUUCGAUUGGUUCAAUUGGCGCAACGGAUGUUGAAAAAGCAAUAACAAUUGCUGAUACUGAUUUCAUCCCAAAUGAAAAUAAAAAUGUCACUAAUGAAACAGAGAAAGUUCUCAGCAAGGUACAAAAUGUAAAACUACUCGAUCCAUGGCAGAAUAAUGAUGAAGCUAAGAGAGAUGAAAAACAACAAUCAAAAAUGCAAUUAGAAACAUUCGAACAAACCACUGAUGAAACGAAAUGUAAACAAAAGGAAGAUGAGCAAAAAUCACCUUCGAAUCAUAUCACUAACACUAAUUUAACCUUACAAAAGAAAUUGAGAAAAAGUAAAUCAAUCGAACAUACGGAAUCAAGUGAAAUAUCAUUGGAAUCUCAGAAGAGUACAAAUAUGAUAAUAUCUGUUAAACCGGAGAAAGGUAUCGAAAUGUUGCAAACGGAUGAGAAAAUGAUGAAAAAUUUUGAGAAUAUUGGAUCAACAAAUACGAAAGUGAUGAAUGUCAGUCAAUCAUUAUCGGAAACAUCAUUACGUACAAUGUGGGAAUUAUUUAAGCAGGGCACAUGGAAACAAUCAUCCAGGCCUAGUUGUUAG